AUCGGGCAAAUGGAGAAAAUGAUAAAAAUAAUUUCACACGCAAAAAACAACCAAUUUAUAAAAUAUGGGAUACCUUUCUUCAUACUUGUGGCAGGGGGAUCAUUUGGACUGAAACACUUUACCAGCAUUAGAUUUGAAUACAAGGCAUCUCGACAAAUGAUAAAAAAUAAGAGUGAGGUGGAGAAAAUGCUAGAAGAAGAGAAGGGAAUCAAACUUAAACCAAAAGAAGAUGUAACAAUAGAAAAAAUAUAUGAAGAAGUAGAGAAGAAAGACAUAGACACGUGGUCUAAUGUGAGGGGUCCCAGACCAUGGGAAGAUUCCAAACAGGUACAAAAAGAGUUCAAAGCACAGGCUGCCUCCACCUGACAGACUUUUCACUUCUUCAGAACUUUUAGGACUUGCAAGUGUUUGAAAUCAUUCAUAAACACUAGUAUAAUAUAAUGUUAUUGUAUAUAACACAUUGUAUAUAAAUUGGAUGCCAUUGAAGUCCAUCCACCAACUUUAAUUAAUGAUUCAAAAAGUGGAUUUAAGAGUCGAGUUUGAUACUCUAUCAAGAAUAAACUUUUGACAGCGCAUAUUCAGCGAGUUCUACAGAUUAUCUUACUUAGAUUAUUGAUGUUGCUAUAAGAUAAUUCUGAACAAUUUUGGUAUGGAAAGAUGGUGUGCUUUAUGCUGACUGAUAAACAAUGUUGACCAGAACUGAAAUAGAAUCCUAAUAUUGGACGAGGUCUGCUUCUUUUCCUUGUUUGGAAUAAACCAAAAAUAUGCAUAUGUGGAUAUGUUAUUGGCACAAUAUGUGAUUGACUAUCUAAUUGUCCUUAUUAAACUACUGGUUGAGAAUUUACACUACUGUAGAUUUAUUAUUGAAUUCAAAUAUUAAUGUAUGGAUGAGGUGAUGAAGUAUUUGUAUUUUUUUUAACCUAUAUAUAUGUUGUUGGUUGAAUAUUGAGGCACUCUAUUUUCACUUGCUUUGCUUAAAACCAAUUAAAAUUGCAGAAAAAUGUGUUUGCUGCUUUUUGAAGGCUCAUCUUAAUAAAACAAUGUAAAAUAUUAA